UUGCCAGCAUCAGACCCACUUUAUUUCCUUCUCUUUGAAGCCCCCUCUUUCGUUCGUAUCUUUCUCUUUCUCUCUCCUCUCUUUCUUCCCAAGUUCUUCACAGGUCUUCAUCGAACUCGAUACCUUCUCCAACUUCGAAUUCCCUAAAUUUACCCUAAUCUUCACAAAAUGCACAACAAUUAGAUGAUGAAGCCGCAGCACCAACCUAUGAUGCAUCAACAUCAACAGUCUCUUUUCCACCCUGGUCUUCUUGCAGCUUCUCAGGCGGUGACUGAUUCCAGAAAUCAAGGAAUUUCUGGGGGUACAAGUUCUGGAUCUUUUUCUACAGAAGAUAAUUCACUUUUUGAUGCAUCUCAAUAUGAAUUCUUUGGUCAAAAUGUUGCCGAGGAGAUUGAGUUGGGGGGUCUUGAAGAUGAUCAAAGUGACCUGUCUCAACUUCCGUUACGUACUGAUGAAUAUCAUUUGUUCAAUAAAGACGAGGGGCAGGAUGUCAAUUUAGGGUCUUUGUCUGAUGUGGAUGAUCUGGAAACCACAUUCUUGAAGCUGAAUCGGGUUGUCACAGGACCAAGGAAUCCUGGCGUUAUUGGUGAUAGAGGAUCUGGAUCUUUGUCAAGAGAAAGUUCAGCUGCGGCAGACUGGUCAAGAGAAGGCUGGUUGGACCAUAGUGUGUCGGAUAUAGACAAUGCUUUGGAAAGUAAAAGGUGGUCAUCUCAACCUCAUUGCUUGUCCAAUCAUCCUGGGGAAUAUAAACCCCUGAACAGAGCACUGUCUUACCCAGAGCAGCAACUACAACAGCAGCAGUAUCUUCAGCAACACUUUUCAAACGAUGGAAUGUCAACUCACAAAUCAUCUUUUACCUCUUUUCCUCCUCCCGGAGACAGAGCUCAACAGCCUUUGUCUCAUCGCCAUUCACUUCCUGUAAAUGUCUCAUCUCUGAAUUCUGGUCCUGAUCUAACUCUCUCAGCAUCAAAUCUGUCACAUAUGUCUGAUUCUGGUCUUCAUUUUUCUGGGCUAUCUAAUGCCCAUGGAUUACAAUAUGGUGGAAGCUUAUCAGGUCUUAUACCUGGUCAUGGAAUUACUAACCAGACACGAAGCCAGUGGAGCAGCCAUGCUGGUUUGUUGCAUGGGGAUCAUUCUAGGAUUCUCAAUAAUGUAUUGCAACAGCAGUUUAAUCAUCAAAACGGGUUGCUUCAUACUUCAGCUUUUAUGUCACCGCGGAGACAGCUUCAACAAGGACUUCGCCAGUCACUACCUUCCCUAGCACAAUUUUCAUUGCUGCAGUCCCAGCUCAUUGGUGGCCAUCCAUCAAUGCCCCCUCAUUAUUUAAAAAAGUACGACUCAGCGUACUCUGUUUCCGAGACGAGGGAUCAAAGACCUAAAUCAAUGCGUGGUAAGCAUCAUCGAUUUAGUCAGCAAGCUUCCGAGUCUGCAAGCCAGAAGAACGAUUGUAUUCAAUUCAGAUCCAAGUAUAUGACUGCUGAGGAGAUAGAUAGUAUACUCAAGAUGCAGCAUACUUCUCACAGCAAUGAUCCAUAUAUAGAUGAUUAUUAUCACCAAGCUUGUGCUGCUAAAAAAUCAUCAAGUACGAGGCUGAAACAUCACUUUGCUCCUCUUCAUUUGCGGGACUUGCCUUCUCGUGUACGUAAUAGUGGUUCUGAUCAGCAUGGCCAUCAAUCCUUUGAUACCUUAAGAAGGCUGGCCUUGUCAUCCAUUCGUAGGCCUCGACCUCUUCUUGAAAUUGAACCCCCAUCCUCAGGAUGCAGUGAUGGCAGUACAGAACACAGGACACUGGAACAAGAACCAAUGUUUGCUGCUAGAAUCACAGUUGAGGAUUGUUUUACUCUUCUUCUUGAUAUAGAUGAUGUUGAUCGUUUUCUACAAUUCAGUCCACCUCAAGAUGGUGGGUCUCAACUUAGGCGUAAACGACAAGUUCUGCUUGAAGCUUUAGCUGCAUCCCUUCAGCUUGUUGAUCCUCUUGGAAGUGGGGGCCAUACAGUCAGUCCAGGGGAUGAUAUUGUGUUCAUGCGUCUUGUCUCUCUUCCGAAGGGUUGGAAGCUUCUGGCUAAGUACCUUGAGCUUCUUACAAUCAGCCCUGGUCCUGCAAGUGAAUUAGCUCGAAUUGUUUGCAUGGCCGUUUUCCGCCAUUUAAGGUUUCUGUUUGGUGGUCUUCCAACCGACUCUGGAGCUGCUGUGGCUACUGUAGAUCUUGCUAAGGCAGUUUCAACUUGUGUCAGUGGCAUGGAUCUCCGUGGUCUUAGUUCAUGUCUUGCUGCCGUUGUUUGUUCUUCAGAGCAGCCGCCACUCCGCCCGCUUGGAAGUCCUACAGGAGAUCUUGCUACUGUAAUCUUGAAGUCCCUACUUGAAAGAGCUACUGUUCUUACCAACCCUAACCGACAACCCCCUGGCAGCUGUAAUGUCCCCCAUUAUAACUUCUGGAAAGCCUCUUUUGCAACAUUCUUUUCUCUGCUCACCAAGUACUGUGUUAGUAAGUAUGACACUAUAAUGCAAUCUAUUUUGAAUCGAGCACCGUCAAAUACUGAAUAUUCGCGUACAGAAGCAACAAGGGCUAUCCGCAGGGAGAUGCCCGUGGAGCUCCUACGUGCAAGUCUUCCUCACACUGAUGAGAUUCAACGGGGGAUGUUGAUGGAUUUUGCUCACCACUCUAUUCCAUUUCCUGUUACUGAAUUCAAUCUCCGUGAUGAGGAAAACAGUGGCUGGAUUAGUUCAGAAUCGGUCAGGAGUUAGGAACAAGUAUGUGGUUGACUGAGAUGUGGUUGCAACAUGUAUGAGAGGGAUGGCAUGCCAUGAUUUCAGGAGGGCUCUAUAUGGGUGUUCAUCUUGUUUGAAAGCAGUCACUAUAAGUGCCAUCUGGUUAUUUUUUAUCAGCGUGGUGUACUUGUAAGUUGAAAGCUUGACUUGUGUGGAGUCACAAUUAAUUCCAUAUUUAAGUUCCCCAAAUUCCGAUUGUGUAUAAUUCGAAAAAAGUUAUCGUGAUCGAAAAUAUUGUGAUGCUUCCUCUUGUGCAGGGCCUAAUUUUUGAAGCUCUGUUGGAACCCUUAGGACAGAACUAGCAGCAUAGGGGUUUAAAUUUGUACAGAAUGUAACCAAAUUGUUUUUAUUUCCAGUCUCUUCUUAUAUAUUGUUUGACUAUGUUAUUGUUAAAAGAAAGGGCAGGUGUAUUUUUAGGUU